CGUUACUUGCGAGCGAGAUCUUAGUUUGUGCUACCAACGCUGCUUCUCAGUCCAUGCAUUCGAUGCUUCUACGAUCGUUUUCAUAGAGAGCCCAAGAUAGGUGUGGGAGGAACGAACUUCAAGAAGACGCACCAACGACAACGAAACGGAUCGAAGUUUCCUCGACGCUACGCCCCGGCUAUCUUUUGCCGCUCGCGACAGCGUCGCAGCAGCUCGCUCUCAAUGUCGUGGAAAAGCCAACGAUGGAAUCACUUCCCAAUUACCUUUGCCUCGGACACUGGCAACACGAUGGUGCACUACGCCAACUACGGUCGCUGGACGGCUCCAGAGCUCCACUUUCUUCAGCAUCUCGUCUCGUGCUUCUUGCGGGGCAUCCUCGAAGACGACGUCGGCGAGACCACGCUGCGCCAGUACGUCUCGACCCAGCUCAAGUGCGACCCGAUGCGCGUCACGAAGCGACUCAAGAAGGGCCGGACGCUCGUCGACCGCCUUCUUCUCACCAACUUCAACCGCAAGACGUACAAGCACGUGAGCGACUAUAACAACGACGACAUCCAUCGGCUCAACGAUCUCAAGCAAGCGCGACUUGUCUUUGAAGCGUCGUUGCGCACGAAGCGGGCGCGAGCUACUGUCGAGCGUGGGUAUCUUUCCAUGCAGGAUCUCGUCGACGCCAGACCCAAGGCGAUGCAGAAUGAUUUGGAUGAUGACGACCACGAUCCCUUCAGCAACUGCGGCCUCUUUCUUCUAUAAGUUACAAUAUUCAAGUCUCUAUCAAAUAGUAUAAUGCGUUCAACAUUCAGAAUUCGCACUACAUGG